CCCCAUCCCACCAGCCCUGCUUCUUCUUUGUUUCCUAACCAGCUUGAGGGGGGAUUUUGCCGAGGGUCUUUGCCCCACUUGACCUCUGGCAGGCAUGAAAGCAGUGAGACAGGAUUGUUGGCAGUGCUGCCAUCCCCCUGACUUAACCGCUUUGAAACUCUGCCCUCUGCUUCUUGCUGAAUGCUGAGAGCCGAGUGUCAGUGCUCAGCAGCCUCCAGCACUCCCCGGCUCUUGGCAUGGUCCUCACGUGGGUCCUGGGACAGGAGCUGCGGCCAGGCAUUUGUGUCAUGGCUUUGCCAGGAUCGCUGGCUGCUCACCAGGACUGGGGUCCUCCUGCUGCUGCUGAGAAAUGAGGGAUCUGUUAAUGAGCAACAAGCCUCAGAGGAGGUUCAAGAGGGAUGUGCACGAGCAAGUGUGCAGUUCUGGGCUGAGUGACCUCCAAGCCUGGAGGGAUCUCUGGGUAUUUUUUUUUUUUUUGCCCCCUGCCAUGAUAAGGCAAUGGCAGUGCUCCCAUCCACUUGCUGCAAUCCGUCAGGCAGGAGCGGGCAGGAGGCAGCGACCAAGUGUCCAGGCAAUAAACACCCCUCUUAGCCCUGAAACCGAAUCGCGGUGAAUGUGCUUGGUUGCUGGCUAGCGUUACUCCUACAGUGUAGCUCUAUAAACCAUCAGUCCCCAUAUGUUUUGGGAGGGCGGGCAGAGGGUUGUGAUGCCAGGUGUUUCUGACCCACCAGUGCCUUGUGUUUAACUGCUGCCUCAGGAGCAAAUAAUAUAUAUUUUUUCUGUAAUUUCCCCAUAGCCUUCCUAGAAGAGCUGCAGAGACGUUAGGAAAUUGUGGUUACUGCAAAAAGAAAGUGUUGGGGGGGGAGGGAAGUGUUUCCUCUGCUGGCAGAUAAAGAGGAUAUUCACUGCCUGGCCUUGGAGCAUCCUCCCAGGUGGGGAUGCCGUGAUAAGGGUGAGCAGGAAGAUGUGAUGCCGUUGUGGGUGGUGUGAGUUCAGCUGUGGGUGGAGGUUGCCUCCGUCUCGGAGGUGGAGAUGUCUCUAUCUUACCCCCAUGAUUUGGGAGGGAAGUCCCACUUCAGGGGGAGGUGGCUUUCCCUGGGGGCUCGCUUGCCUGGCUUGUGUGUCCUCGCCGAGCUUCAAAGUCGGCCACAGCUGCUGGGUGUUGGUAGGAUCAGGGAGAUCCAUGUGUUUUUUACCUUCCCCAUGUCUCAGAUUUGUGGCAACAGGGUAGGUAAUGGGGUUUUUUUAACACCGGCAGGGAAACCCUCUCUGGGCCGUGGGUCCUUGUCCCCCUCUGGGGCUGCCACUGGCAUCUUGUCCUCAGCAAGACCCCAAAACCUCCCCAUGCUGUGGAUUAAGAACAUGAGUGCUGCUGCAGGAUGGCUGGGGUUCCCAGGAGCCGUGGGCUGGAGGUGUGAGCGUGGGAUGCUUUCCUCCCUCAGUUCCACUUUGCCUGCAAGUCCCCAUGACCCUCAAAGCCCAUCUCAUUUUAAAAUGCUUUUACAGGCAGGAGGCAGAUGGAUCACAGCCGCCCUGCGCCGGGAGCUGUCAGUACCCCGUGACCCUGACGUGCUGUCCCCAGCAGCACAGCCCCAAGCUGGAGGACUGCACGCUGCAGGUCUCUCCCUCUGGACACUACCUAGACCUUGACUUGUCCCUGCUGGAGCAGAAGGAUGAUCUGGAGGGUUUCUACGAGGAGGUCAGGAAGGGGAGACGGCCAACCCUGAUCCUGCGCACACAGCUCUCCGUCCGAGUCCACGCCAUCAUUGAGAAGCUGUACAACUCACAGGGGCCAGAGCUGCGGCGAUCCCUCUUCUCCCUCAAGCAGCUCUUUCAGGAGGACAAGGACCUGGUGCCGGAGUUUGUGAACCUGGAUGGGCUGACGUGCCUGAUCAAAGUGGGGGCAGAGGCUGACCAGAACUACCAGAAUUACAUCCUCCGGGCCUUGAGCCAGAUCAUGCUCUUUGUGGAUGGGAUGCAGGGUGUCAUCAACCACAAUGAGACUGUCCAGUGGCUGUACACGCUGUCAGGAAGCCCAUUUCGCCUGGUGGUGAAGAUGGCACUGAAGCUGCUGCUGGUGUUCGUGGAGUACACGGAGCCCAACGCCCUGCUCCUCAUCCGUGCUGUCAAUGCUGUGGACAGGGCAAGAGGCAUGUGCCCAUGGUCCAACCUGAUGGCCAUCCUGGAGCAACGCAACGGGGCUGACACGGAGCUGCUGGUGUUCGCCAUGACGCUGAUCAACAAGACACUGGCAGCCCUCCCGGACCAGGACACCUUCUACGAUGUGACUGACUGCCUGGAGCAGCAGGGCAUGGAGCGGGUGGUGCAGCAGUACCUGGGCAGCAAGGGCACCGACCUUGACUUGAAGCAGCAGUUCAUGCUCUACGAAAGCGCUCUGAAGCUGGAGGAUGGGGUAGAGGAGCCACCCCCGGGGGGACGCAAGGAGAGGAGGAGGACGGAAGAGGGCCGGCGUGGGUGGCGAUCCCAGGGUGGCUGCCCGGAGCCUGGCCCCGAUGCCCAGCCACUGUUGGGGUCCCCUGACACUCUGAAAGAGCCCCUCAUCAAGGACACCCCGUCUGUCCCUAUGCCAAGCAGCCCGGCAGAACCCUGUCCCAGCAGCAUCUACAACAGCGCAUCCAGCGUGCGGCUGGCCCUGGCCUCCCCACCGGCUGAGAAGGAGCAGCUCCCGGGCCCAGGCGAGCGCAGCAUCUACAAAGCUCGCUUCUUGGAGAACCUGGCUGCAGCCCAGAAGGAGAAGAUCUCUUCCAUGGCCAAGGGACGGCUUGAUGUCCUCAGCGAUGCCGCACUGGAGCAUCCCACCACUCUUGCGUGGGACAGGGACAGCAGCACCCCUGAGCCUGGGAUGGAGCCACUCAGUAUAAGGUCUCGCCUGGCUCGGCCAGACACCACUGACUCCUGCAGCACCAUUUCCUCUGACACCAAGUUUAUGCUGGACAUGCUCUAUGCCAAGGGCUCCUUGGAGCCGGGGAGGGAGAAGGUCUUCCCUGAGGUCCCGUCGUCCCUCCUGGUCCAGGGUGAGGUGGAGAUGGAUGCUGAGGGAGGUGGCAGUCAGGAGCAGGAGGGUACCUGGCACCAUGGCAGGGCUCCAGACGGGCCAGUGGCCAGCGCCCACGCCAAGCUGGCACGUGCCAUGUCCAGCGUAGAUGCCGAGACCCACAUGCAGAAACUGGAGAACACUGGGAUGAUGCCCAUCAAGAAGGAUGUGGAGCUGACAUGGGAGCACCUGGAGGCUAGCCCCAUGCAGCUGAAGAUCAAGGACCUGGACUUCACUGAUUUGGGGGAAGAAGAAGACUUUGACAUCUUGGACAAAGGGCCCAUGGCCAAUGGCUCCUUCCUCCCACCCAGUAUUGAAGCUACAAGUGCUGGAGCCCUCAUGGUUCCUCCUCCUCCUCCACCUCCUGCGGUCCCUGGCUGCCCACCACCUCCACCUCCGCCUCCUGCAAUCCCUGGCUGCCCUCCACCUCCUGCGAUCCCUGGCUGCCCACCACCUCCGCCUCCACCUCCUGCAGUCCCCGGCUGCCCACCCCCCCCAGGACUGCCAGGCCCUUCAGCAACAGAUGGCCCCUCGCAGGCCAAGAAGAAGAGGACAGUGAAGCUCUUCUGGAAGGAGCUGAAGCAGCUGGAUGGCACUGUGGGGCCAGGCAGGUUUGGCCAGGCGACACUGUGGGCGUCCCUGCAGAACGUCGAGGUCAAUGCUGCCAAACUGGAGCAUCUCUUUGAGUCACGGUCAAAGGAAGUGCCAACUUCAAAGAAGGCCAUUGAUGGGAAGAAGGUGGUGGUGGUGCUGGACCCCAAGAGGAGCAAUGCCAUCAACAUUGGCCUCACGGUGCUGCCACCCGUACACAUCAUCAAGACAGCCGUGCUCAACUUUGAUGAGUUUGCAGUCAAUAAGGAAGGGAUUGAGAAAAUCCUGACCAUGGUCCCGACUGAGGAGGAGAAGCAGAAGAUCCAGGAGGCCCAGCUGGCCAACCCUGAUGUGCCUUUGGGCUCUGCAGAGCAGUUCCUGCUCGCCCUCUCUUCCAUCAGUGACCUCACGGCCAGGCUCCAGCUCUGGGCCUUCAAGCUGGACUACGAGAGCCUGGAGCAGGAGAUUGCAGAACCACUCUUUGAUCUGAAGGUGGGCAUGGAGCAGCUGGCCAGAAAUCACACCUUCAAGUGCAUCCUGGCCACACUGCUGGCCAUGGGCAACUUCUUGAACGGCUCCCAGAGCAGAGGCUUUGAGCUGGGCUACCUGGAGAAGGUCUCAGAAGUGAAGGACACGGUGCACCGGCAGUCCCUGCUCCACCAUCUCUGCCAGAUGGUGGUAGAGAAGUUCCCAGAAACCACUGACCUCUACUCAGAGAUUGCCUCCAUCACCCGCUCUGCCAAGGUUGACUUUGACGAGCUGGCCAACAGCCUGGUGCAGCUGGAGCGGAGGUGCAGGGCCUCUUGGGACAACCUGAAGGUGAUUGCCAAGCAUGAGACCAAGCCGGUGCUGAAGAGCAAGCUGACGGACUUCCUCAAGGACAGCACCCAGCGCAUUGUCGUCUUGAAGGUGGUACACAGGCGCAUCCUCAAUAGGUUUCACUCCUUCCUGCUGUACCUGGGGUACCCAGCAAGCACAGCACGGGAUGUGAAGGUGAUGCCCAUCUGCAAGCUGCUGCGGGAGUUCGCCCUGGAGUACCGCACCUGCCGGGAGCGUGUCCUGCAGCAGCAGAAGAAACGGGCUGCCCACCGUGAGCGCAACAAGACCCGGGGACGGCUCAUCACCGAGACCGAGAAGUUCUCUGGCAUCACUGAGACUGCUUCACCACCUGCUGUGGUGUCCAGCAGCCCUGAGGAACAGAUGGAAGCAGGCCAUGAGAGCAUGAAAAGCCUGCUGACUUCCCCCGCGGAUGCCCCUGCCCGCCGCAGCCGGGCCAGCCGGGGGACAGGGCACACCACCCCAGCCCAGGGCUCUCCAGCCCAGGAGGACGUUCCCAGCUCCCCAGACGAUGCUUCGGAUGAAAUCAUGGACCGGCUGGUGAAAUCGGUGACUCACAAUGCCAACCCCCGGCCCUGCACCAACAAGGAGCGCAGGAGGUCCCGUGGCAACAGGAAGUCCUGUAAGUCCUGCUCCUGUCCCUGUACUCUGUCCCAUCUCUGUGGCCCUGCCCAGAUGCUUCUUCCCCAUCUCUGUGUCUCUGUCCCACCUCUGUGGCCCUGUUCCCAUGCCCUGUACCUGUACUCUGUCCCAUCUCAGUGUCCCUGUCCCUGUACCCUGUCCCACCUCUGUGGCCCUGUCUCUACUCUUUCCUGUGUCCCUGCCCAGAUGCUCUGUCCCAUCUUUAUGUCCCUGUCCCAUCUCUGUCUCUACCCCUGUGUCCUGUCCCGUUGCUGUUCCCAUGCUCUGUCCCCAUGCCUUGUCCCAUCUCUGUGUCCGUGUCCCCAUGCCCUGCCUGGCGACUUCCCCACUGGCCGCCCCUGACCUCCCAUGUUGAGCCCACCAGGCCACAGCAGAAGGUACCCCAAGACCAGACCAUGCCACUGCACCCCAUUGCCACCCCUCCCCUCCCCAGCAUGCCAGUAUCACCAUGUCUGGGCAGGCACCCAUCAUGUGGGGACCCUGGCAGCCAGCACUGCUCGUGCUGUCACUGCCAUGCUCUCCUCUUCCCGCAGUGAGACGGACGCUGAAGAGUGGGCUCAGUGAUGACCUGGUGCAGGCGCUGGGCCUGGGCCAGGCACCCGGCAUGGAGGUUUGAGGGG